UUUAUGCGGGGAGAGAAAAAAGUGUUGAGUGAAACAUAAUUUUCUAAAGAUCAGAGAUCUCUAUAGAGAGAGAGAGAAGCGCAUUUAUAUUUUCUUCUUUUAUUUAUCGGUUAACGAACACAUCGGCGCGCGAAAGUGCAUCGAUGAAAGCCAAGUCGCGAGUUUGACAGUUCUCAACGUGUUGCGUCAGCCGCUCUCUCAACGUGCCUUGUAGUUGUGCACGUAUGCAUGCUUUGUUCUACGAGAGACACCACAUAUAUACUUCUCUGUGAUAUACGACUGUUUUCUCUGACCUCCUCUGCAUUUCCAUGAGUGAAGUAGCAUACAAGGCUAGCCAGCUGCGUCAUUCUUGUUUUGUGUGAUUCUUCUCUUCAGCUAUACUACAUCCCUAGCUGUCACGUGUCUUAGUCGAAUCGACGGUGUAGUUAGCUGUUGCGAUGUCACACAUCGCAGGAAUGGACACAUCGGGCUUGCCUGUACCGGAUGCAAUCCCGUCCCUCGAACAAUUGCAAGAGGACCUAGUCUUGAACCUCGUCCAGGAGGUUAAAUUUCAGCCGAAUCUCGAUGAAUUACCUAUCACGAUGCAGGACGAGAUAAGUAUCGCCGCUCGAGAUAAAUCCGCUUACAUACUAAGAUGCCUGAAAGUGAUGUACGACUUGUCAUCGGAUGUAUUCUUCAUGGCAAUUAAUCUGAUGGAUUGUUUCUUGACGAGAGUGAAGGCGAAGCAGAAGUACAUGGCUUGCAUCAGCGUAUCCGCCUUUUACACGGCCGCUGUUCAACAGAUGCAACCGCUCGACGCCGAUCACGUGGUUUCGAUCUCACAGUGUAGAUGUACCGCUGACGAUUUGAAGCGUAUGUCGAAAAAGAUACAGGAUAAAUUAGAGCGGGUACCCGGUACUCGACCCAUCACCGCGCUGACCUUUCUACGGCUGUUCAACAAUAUGUUCCACGCUGUGGCGAGACAAUUGCAUCUCGGCGACGUGUAUGCCAAUAUCACCAACGAAUCCGAAUUGAUUCUCAGAUUAGAAAUGGUGGCCUGCGACGGCAAUUGCGCGAGCCUUAGACCGUCCGAGGUGGCUUUGAUAUUACUCUGCAGUUACGUGGAUGCCGCUGUUAAUCGAUUAAUGAACGCGAACAUGGACGCCACUGUCAAUAAUCUAUCGCACAACGCACCCAUUCCGCCGCCAUAUCAGAGGCUAAGAGAUGAACUUAUGCAGUUUGCUGCGGAACUUCGAGAGAGAUGCAACAUUUCAGAGGAGAGUUUCCGCUCCACUCACGGAGCGGUGAGCAUCAUAUUGAGUAAAUAUAACGCUCAGGAGCAAACAAACAAAACUCAUAAACAGAAAUUAAUUUGGAGAUUGUCGCUACGAACCGCAGGUGUUUUACGUCCGUCUCAAAACUUUAUAUCCGAGCUACCCGUUAUCGCGGAACAUGUCCCAUCAGUUCCAUCUCCGAACAAGAUCAGGAAAAAUCGUAAAUAUCGGCGCCGUGGAAAUAAGAGAUGUUAAUACAGCAUCGCCAGUUUUUUUUUAAGGAUGCGGCACUAGGAGUUCUCAAUAUCUGGUAACACAGAAGAUUUAUUCUCUUCGAUACAAUCAAAGUUUGGCUGGGAGCACAAAUGUCGAUUUACACAUCACAAUACGUAAUAAUUUUCCUUAGAUAUUUCGUUUGUGUCGUCCGCUGAGAUUAUACAUACUGGUGGAACGUAAGUUACAUUUAUCUUGCUAAAUAAUAGUUACAUAGUUUCGCCAAUAUGUAAGUUAUCAUUAUGGGUCGUACGUUAAUCUCUGUUUUUUUAUCGCAUCGCAUAUAUAUAUUUCAAAAUAUUUGUAUAAACGGUUUAAUAUUUUACAAAGAAAACAAGAUUUAAGCCCUAUUCCAAUAGUAAGAUCGAAUACCAAUCGAUAUUAUAUAAGGAACUUCAUAGAAAAGUGGGGGGAGGGGGCAGAUACACACUGUGAAGAGCAGCAGUAUCAACAUACAAAUCAUUAAAAAAAAAAUUGAAAUUAAUGUGAUACAAUGUCCAUUACAUAAUUAGUGUUAUCUAGUAGGAUCAAUACAUUGCUAAAAUUAUAUAUAUCUAUAAUUAUAUAUAUUUACAAAACGCUUUAAACGAAAGAAAAAAGUAUAAAAGAAGAGAUAUAACUAGGAAGAAAAAUUGCGGAAGUGUUGAAACUUACGUAUAAUAUAAAACUAUUAUUAGAGGAAAAAAUAUUAUAUUAAUUUGAUAUGAUCAACAAGAGAAUUGCCGAACGCGCUAAAAUUUAUGUUUAUCGAGUUUAGCAAAAGAAAAAAAUAUUUUACUGAAUUUAGUUUUGUGUUUCGAAAUAUUCUGUGUCUCGAAAUAUUCGCUUCUCUUUCAUCGUCAUCCGCAUUGAGCGAAUCAAAUAGUCGAUAAAGUGUACAUAGAUUACACUGAACAUAUUUCUUGAUGUUUUUAUUCAGCGAUAUUUCAAGAUACGCGGAAUAUAUCUAUAAACCAAAGUGUCUGAGAUGAAUUUUGUUGCCAAUUUUAAUGUGGAAGAUAAAAAGACAUGAUUUAUAUGUGUAUUUUAAAAAUAAUUUGUAUUGUCUUAUUUUAUAAAAGCUGUAUUUUAAUUGACAUUGUAUAACAAUCUGCUGAAAAAUAUGUCCAGACAUGACCAUUUUUCAAUUCCAUAAAAAAUUAUAUCUCAUUCACAUUACUUGGAAUUAACUCGUAUUCGUUUUAAAUUACUUCCACAGUAAUAAUAGAAAGUCUUGUUUCUGAUCUGUUAAUUUUUACGAUUAUAUAUGUAUUGUCUAAUUCAUCGCGACAAUUUUAUUUAGAAAGCGUCAAGAAAACGCAAUAGAAAAAUACUCUGUGGUUGAUCUAUCACAGUUUCUCUUAUCAGUUUAGAAAUGAUUCUUACUUUACCAAAAUGUGAGAGAAUAGAGAGAUAUAAUAUGAAAGCAAACGCAAAUGAUGCGUCAUAACUCGAGCGAAUAGCUUUAUUCGGCAAGAAUAUGUUAAAUUUUCUAUGUACUAAACAAACUAUGUAUAUUUUUUUAUUUUUAUUUCCUGUAGAUUCUCAUAUUAUGCAUCAAAAUAGUAUAUAAUCAUUAUUUGCAAUUCACUCAUACAACUUGGGGAACUUUUCCGCGAAUUGUACGUAAAGAAAAAAAAAAAGGAAAAAAGAAGCAGAAAUGCUGAUUCAUAUAGUUUCUCUAAUCUUAGCCAGUUUAUGCUAGUCAUAAGUUCAUACCUUCUGAUUAUGAUUUGUGAAAAUACAUUCUCUUAGUGCCUCAUGGCAUCCCACAUCAAAAUACACCGAGCAAAUUUUAUUCCAAUCUCUGUUUCUGUGAUGACCAGGCACCAUGAAAGUAUUCGGAAAAUAUUUAAUCACCGACGUUCUUACUGGAAGCGAAAGCUGAAAUAUCCUACAAGUACGUAAGUGUAAGGUGAUUAUUUAUAGAUUUGAGACUGCGAGAACGAGAAGUCUGACAUCAUAAUACUAAACUCUUUUUCGAUUUGUAAUACAGUGUUACAUAUGAAGAGUUCUUUUUAUGGACAUAUUUUUCUAUUUGUCAUAUACAUAUAUCUAUUUAUUUUACAUUAAUCAAAUUAUACCAUUAUAACAUAGAAGUACAAAAAUGCUUAUAUUUCAAAAAGUCUAUUUUCUUUUUUCUCGUCAGUAUUAUAUGUUAUAAAUUUGUUAUCUGGAUAUAAUUAAUAUUGCGUGUUUUUUGGAGAAUGUCCUUUUACAGAAUGGUAUAUAUAAGAAGUCAAACGGUGCAUUUGCAUUUUACAUAUUAUAUAAACGCGAAAUUUAUUAUCUUUUUAAAAAUAUAUAAAUAAUUUUGUUUUUAUAUAUUUCUUAACGAUUUAUUUUUCUCUUUAUAUGAUUGUUAUAUGCAUACGCAUGAGAUGGACACAAUAUUCAACUGUAAUGUUACCAUUAAUCAUUAUCGCAUCGUUAUCGAUAUUCAUUAAAUAUUAAAUGAUAAUCGUUUUUGAUUAUACGAAAUAUCAUAUGUGUCACAAAAUAUCACUCUCAUUGUAAAAUCAUUGCGUAGAAGCGCAAAUACAGGCGUUUUUACCCGUAUCAUAUCUUUGAUGUAUGUAGAUUGUAUAAAAAAAACUCUGUAACCAACGAUAAAUUCCAAAAAGCAAAAAUUCUAAAAAGUGAUUUAUAUUUGAGUACAAUUUUAGCUUUUAAUAUCUUUUACAAAUACUCGAUUUGAAAUGUGUAUAUAUCUAUCUAUGAUAAGUAAAAUAAUAAGUUAUUUUUUUAGGAUUUUUCCCCAAAUUUUUUCUUUUGCGAUUGAACUAGGGACUCAAAAGAUAAUCAUCUCAAAGAGAAUCGUUUAUAAUGAGAUAUAUAUUGUAUUUAAAAAAAAGGGAAAAGAGAAAGUUAUCUUUUGCGUAUGAACUGUUAAUAUUAUUCUAUCAUGACGAAAAUCGAAUUUGUAAAAUGCAUACAAGACCCGUUUAUAAUAAAAUUAUAUAAAAAUA